AAUGCGCACGCUGUAUAUUCCAUGCGAGAGUGGACUUCUGUAUUUUUGUUCUACUGCUUGAUUCGAUAGCUACGUUUGAAGUCUAAAACCCUCUGAGCCAAAGCCCAAAAACACUCUACAAAACCUCUCUUUUAGGGUUGUCCAAUGCAGAUAACCACUUCGAGGAUUUGAUCGCAGUUAAAUUUUCACAUUAGUCUACUUUAUGUGAGGAUCUAGGGUUUAUAUGUGUUAAUUAUGGAAUGCCUGCGACUUUAAUCGAUCCUUAGAUCACAUUAGAUUCAAGCUAUUGGAAAUCCGAAUUCUCACGAUGGGUGCCAAAUCUGAAUCAAGUCAGACGCCAAUGCCUGCGCAAAGUGGCACAGUAGCCGAUCUAUUUAACUUUUCUCCGAAAGCGCUAAAGCUCAAGGUCAAGCAGCAGGAACUCCUGAUUCGUGUCAGCAUUCUUUGCCUCGUUUACGUCUUGGCGUUCAUCACUAGAUUGUUUAGUGUGCUUCGUUAUGAGAGCAUGAUCCAUGAGUUUGAUCCUUACUUCAAUUACCGAACUACGGUUUUCUUGACGGAGAAGGGAUUCUAUGAGUUCUGGAAUUGGUUCGACUCCGAGAGUUGGUAUCCGUUAGGUCGGAUCAUUGGAGGGACUCUCUACCCGGGUCUCAUGGUUACUGCGGCUUUCAUCUACUGGGUUUUGAGAUUUCUGAGGUUCGCAGUCCAUAUCCGGGAGGUCUGUGUCUUAACUGCCCCGUUCUUUGCAUCUAACACUACUCUGGUAGCUUACUUCUUUGGCAAAGAGAUUUGGGAUUCCGGGGCUGGGCUUGUUGCUGCUGCAUUAAUUGCCAUAUGCCCAGGUUACAUUUCGAGAUCUGUGGCCGGUUCUUACGACAAUGAGGGAGUGGCAAUCUUUGCGUUACUACUCACUUUCUAUUUGUUUAUUAAAGCAGUGAAUACUGGGUCCCUUGCUUGGGCUUUGGCUUCAGCUUUCGGGUACUUUUACAUGGUUUCUGCAUGGGGUGGAUAUGUCUUUAUCAUUAAUUUGAUCCCGCUUUAUGUUAUGGUUCUUCUGAUUACUGGGAGAUACUCGAUGAGAUUGUACGUAGCUUAUAAUUGCAUGUAUGUGCUGGGAAUGCUGCUUGCUAUGCAGAUCCGGUUUGUUGGGUUUCAGCAUGUACAGUCAGGGGAACAUAUGGCAGCAAUGGGCGUGUUCUUCUUGAUGCAGGUAUUUUACUUCUUGGAUUGGGUUAAGCACCUGCUAGGUGAUGCAAAAUUAUUUCAAGCUUUCUUGAGGAUCACUGUGACAUGUACAGUAGGUUUGGGUGCUCUUGCUCUUGGAGUUGGCAUGGCAUCUGGGUAUAUCUCUCCAUGGACUGGUCGUUUUUACUCUUUACUUGAUCCAACAUAUGCAAAGGAUCACAUCCCAAUUAUAGCAUCUGUCUCUGAGCAUCAGCCAACAGCAUGGUCCUCUUUCAUGUUUGACUUUCACAUCCAGCUUUUCCUUUUUCCAGCCGGCCUGUACUUUUGUUUCAAGCGGUUGUCGGAUGCCACAAUAUUUAUAGUUAUGUAUGGUCUCACAAGCAUGUAUUUUGCUGGUGUAAUGGUUCGGUUAAUUCUUGUUGCUGCACCUGCAGUAUGCCUUGUCAGUGCAAUUGCGGUAUCUGCCACUAUAAAGAACUUGAGCUCACUGGUACGGAUGAAGAGCAAGUCUCAACCAACUGGCUCUAUCAAAGGAACUAGCAGCAUGAAGGCUUCUUACAAGGCAUCGCUGGAUCAGUCCCUGCCUUUCCAAGGAAAUGGUGCUAUUGCAUUACUUCUAGGAGCUUUUUAUUUGCUAAGUAGAUAUGUUACCCAUUGCACCUGGGUCACAUCAGAGGCAUAUUCUUCUCCUUCUAUAGUCUUGGCUGCAAGGAGUGCCCAUGGUGGCAGGGUUAUUUUUGAUGAUUACCGUGAGGCAUACUUCUGGCUUCGUCAGAAUACUCCUCCAGAUGCUAAAGUGAUGUCCUGGUGGGAUUAUGGCUACCAGAUAACUGCCAUGGGGAAUAGAACUGUUAUUGUAGACAACAACACAUGGAACAAUACACACAUUGCCACUGUAGGACGUGCAAUGUCAUCUUAUGAGGAUGAAGCAUAUGAGAUAAUGAGAUCGCUGGAUGUGGAUUAUGUGCUUGUUGUAUUUGGAGGUGUUACUGGAUAUUCUUCUGAUGACAUCAACAAAUUUUUGUGGAUGGUUCGGAUUGGAGGUGGCGUUUUCCCUGUCAUCAAGGAACCUGAUUACCUUGUUAAUGGAGAGUAUCGUGUUGACAAGGGUGCAGCGCCCAAGAUGUUGAACUGUCUCAUGUACAAACUUUCCUACUAUCGAUUUGGAGAGCUGACAACAGAGUAUGGCAAGCCUCCUGGAUACGAUCGUGCAAGGGGGGUCGAAAUUGGAAAUAAGGACAUUAAGCUAGAGUAUCUGGAAGAGGCUUUCACGACGUCCAACUGGAUUGUUCGAAUUUACAAGGUCAAGUCACCUAGUAAUAGGUGGUGAGAUACAUAUAAUUUUCUCAUUUCUCUCACUGAUGUAUUAGGCGGGACAGGAGGAGAAUGCUGUAGAUGUAUUGAGCUCUAAUUUUGGAAUAAUUUAUGUUCUAGACUUCUAGCAACAGUUUUAGGAAGACAAAUGAACCACACUUGGCCAGGUAAGGCAGCUCUUUUUUUCUGUUAAAAUGCCCGAAAAGAACAAGUUGCUAGCUAUUUAUUACUGUCAUUGUCGUCCCUUGGCAUCA